GCCACGGCUUCAACCGCGCGCGAAAAAUCUUUGGCGAACAAACGCGUCUUCCGUACCGGCAGUUCCAAAGCGUAUCUUUUUCGUGUUCAUCUCUUUCAGAAGUGUGUCUCGAAGAAUCUUAAAGAUCUUUUCUGAAACGGCUUGAUUCGAAAGAAGGUUUCGACAUGAAGAUUACCGAAUAUCUUUACUGCACAUUGAUUUGCAUGUGUUUGCUGAAGGCGGCCAAUGGCGAGAUUUCGAGAGACAAGAAUUCACUUUUACAGUUCGAACGAGAGCUUCUUGACGACCUUACAGCGGAGAAGACAAUCAAACCGAAGCGACCGUUUUGUAAUGCUUUUACCGGAUGUGGCAGAUUCGGUGCGGAAGAGAAGAGACAGAAGAAAAAAGUAUCGCGUGCUAUUGACCUACGGGACUUGCAAGACUUCCGCGCGACGAACGAUAACAUUCGAUUCCCGAUUUCGUUGUACAGAGCCCUGUUGAAUGCCGCCAAACAAAACAACGUCGGUCGGGAUGAAUAUGAUUAUCGAUUACAGCAAAUGCCGCAGAAUUAUUUCUCCGAUUAGAUUACGUCGCGACGUGAUGGAAAGCUAAAUUUUUUGACGGACAUAUAAUCUGACAAAUGGGCGCCGCUGAAACUUUCACCAGACGGAAUCAUUUUAUUAUUGUCAUUAUGUGUAUGAUCUUCUAAAAUAGCGCACAAAAACAUAUAAAUCUCAAAUGCCGACAAAAAUUAUUCGAUGCACAACUUAUAUGUUAAAACUAUUCAAUUCAAAACUUGUAUUUUCUCACAAUAGAAAACUCGAUAGGAAACAUUUGUACACACUUUGUGACGCCCACGUCUUGAUACGAAUAUUUACUUUAUAGCUUAUUGUUUCUCGUCAUAAUUAAAGAAAUAUGCGAAACGGGACAGAGAGGUCAUAAUUGUACACGCGAGACGAAGAUAAUAAUAAUAAUUUGUGAGACAAAAUUCAUCGCUGCGAAAUGUGUAUCGUUGUACGACAAAAAAAAAAAAAAAAAAAAAAAAAAAAAAAAAAAAAAAAAAA